AUGAGCGCAGACAAAAAGACGGCGCUCCACUUAUCAAAGAUCGCUCUAUUAUUAUUUCAUCACGCCUCAGAGGAGACCCGAUACCGGUCCAAAGAUUUAUACCGGGGCGCCCAAUCUGCCGCCGCCGCCGCUCGCCGGGAUCUGGGUUCAUUUCAGCCUCAGACCUUCUCCCAUCUUUCUGCUGACUCUGUGCGAUCCCAGCAUGGCGAGUAA